UCUCAGAAUUUAAAGAUGUCUGGUCGUGGCAAGGCAGUUGUGGCAAAGGACAAGAAGUCCACCAGCAGAUCAAGCAAGGCAGGUCUUACCUUCCCAGUAGGCCGCAUUGCUCGCCUGUUAAAAAAGGGGAGGUAUGCCAACCGUAUCGGGAGUGGUGCUGCUGUAUAUCUGGCGGCAGUCAUGGAGUACAUGUGUGCUGAGGUGCUGGAGUUGGCGGGAAAUGCUUGCCGUGAUAACAAGAAGUUGCGCAUUGUUCCUCGUCACAUUCAGCUGGCGGUGAGAAAUGAUGAGGAGCUCAACGUACUUCUGGGUAGCGUGACAAUUGCAGAAGGAGGUGUUUUACCCAACAUUCAAGCACAGCUUUUACCCAAAAAGACUGUUGCGUCUCGUGAAGACCACUCUCCCAAAGACAUUAAUUCUCAAGAGUUUUAAUGUAUUGGUUACACUUGUCUUUUGAUUUUUUUAAAUGGAUUCAAUAAAAGUUUAUUAUAAUGUG